CUUGAAGCAAAAGAAACAUGCCUAAUGUGAUUUCGUCCAACCGCAAGGCUCUACAGGAGCAACAAAUUCCAUAUCAUCUUCCCUCUGCUCUCCCGAUUUCCAAACGUUUUGGGUCUCUUUCACACUCCUUCGAAAUCUCCGAUGGCAAUCUCCGUCACUGCACCAGCCGCAUGUCGCUCAUGGACUUUUGACCGUUCGACGCCGUUGGCUUCAUCUUCUUCCUCCUCCUCCUCAAGGCUUUCCAAUCUGUCUUCUCUGCAAUUUCAUUCAAGGAUUCCUCGUCUUACUCUUAGUAAUCGUCGCUUUACUACUUUCCCAUCUAAGUCCCGAACACUUACCCUGGCUCAAGCAAAGAAGCAAACUUUUUCCUCCCUUGAUGAACUACUGGAAAAAGCUGAGAAGCCAGUAUUGGUCGACUUUUAUGCAACAUGGUGUGGGCCAUGUCAAUUUAUGGGUCCUAUACUGAAUGAAGUUAGUAUCACCAUGGGAGACACACUCCAAGUUGUUAAAAUUGAUACUGAAAAGUACCCUGAAAUUGCAAACAAGUACAACAUUGAAGCUUUGCCUACUUUCAUCUUAUUCAAAGAUGGAAAACCUUUUGAUCGUUUUGAAGGAGCUUUAACAGCAAACCAGCUUAUCCAACGAAUUGAGGGUACACUGAAAGUUAAGAACUAGCACUGGAUAAAACUUGGUUAAAACUUGAUGUGAAGCAUUGGUUUGGUUUUAUGUUUUGUUAUUGUUGUAUAUGUGUUUAUACAUUUUGAUUUGGUUCAGAAGUGGUAUUGGUUCUAAAAUGUGAUUACAAUUGCUAGUUUGGAUUUUAUUGAUCAGAGAAGAGUAACAAAGAUUUGAUACCAAUUGAAUUUGUGAUUAAUUGUUGGUUUUGGACUUUUGGGAGCUUGAUCUUUUUGGGUUCUUUAACCCCAUUCUUGCUUUUGGUGCAUGCUACAGUUAUAAGCAUUGUUAAACUUCUUAGUUCUUUGGGUUGUUUGAUAACGUCUGAAUAGACCAUUGAGUGGGUUUCUUGAAGUGAGUGAAAACCAGUAUGUCUUGAUUGUGUUUCUUGUAUUUGUUGUUGGAGAUUUGGCUGAAAUUUUUUAAUAAGUUAGAGGAGUAUUGUCCAUAACAUGUUUGUCCUUGAAUGGUGUAAAGGGAGG